AUGGCCAUCGAUAUGCUAAUGGCUGGAGUGGAUACGGCUGCUUCUGCACUCGCUGGCAUUCUAUUGUGUUUGGCCAAAAAUCCUGAAAAACAAGCAAAAUUACGUGAAGAGGUCAUGACUAUCCUGCCAUAUAAAAACUCCGAUUUUACUGAGUCGAAUAUCAAAAAUAUGCCCUACGUUAGAGCCUGCAUUAGGGAAGCUAUGCGAAUGUAUCCUUUGCUGGUGGGCAAUGCGCGUGGUCAAUUCGAGAAUAUUGUCUUGAGCGGAUAUCGAGUGCCCAAGGGAACACUGGUCUACACCAUUUAUACUUCGCUAUUGCGGGAUGAUAAAUAUUUCCUCCGAGCGAAUGAAUAUCUGCCAGAACGUUGGCUAAGAACCACAAAGGAAAUGGAAAGGAAUGAUGGAACCAUGGAAAGUCCCCACGCUCUAAGAGUCAGUGAUCCAUUUGUUUUCUUGCCCUUUGGCUAUGGAUCACGCAGCUGUAUUGGUCGACGGGUUUUGGAAAUGGAAAUUCAUUUGGCUAUAGCACGACUCAUAAGAAACUUCAAUGUGGAGUUUAAUUAUUCCACCGAAAAAGCUUUUAAAAGUUACCUUAUAAAUGUUCCAAAUAUACCACUGAAAUUUAAGUUUAUAGAUGUUGAAAUUUGA